AUGGAUUCCAAUAAAGUUAUUGUUUGCGACAAUGGAACAGGUUUUGUAAAAUGUGGUUUUGCUGGUGCAAAUUUCCCAACAGCUAUUUUCCCAUCUAUGGUUGGUCGUCCAAUCUUGCGUUCUGAAGAGAAGAUCGAGAAUGUAGAGAUUAAGGAUAUUAUGGUUGGAGAUGAAGCUGCCAAGUUUCGUUCGAUGUUGCAAAUCACCUAUCCACUAGAGAACGGUAUCAUCCGUAAUUGGGAUGACAUCACCCACGUCUGGGACUAUGCUUUCAAGGAGAAGUUAAAGAUCAGCAAUCCACGUGAAUGCAAGAUCCUCUUGACCGAACCACCCAUGAAUCCACUGACCAAUCGUCAGAAGAUGGUCGAGACCAUGUUUGAGAAAUACGGUUUCCAAGCGGUCUACGUUGCCAUCCAGGCCGUUCUCACUCUCUACGCACAGGGUCUCCUCACAGGUGUCGUCGUCGACUCUGGUGAUGGUGUCACUCACAUCAUCCCGGUCUACGAAGGUUACUCCAUCCCACAUUUGACACGUCGUCUCGAUAUCGCCGGUCGUGACGUCACCCGUUACUUGAUCAAGUUGCUCUUGCUCCGUGGUUACGCAUUCAACCGUACUGCCGACUUUGAAACCGUGCGUCAAAUCAAGGAGAAGCUCUGCUACGUCGCCUACGACGUCGAGCAAGAGAAGAAGUUAGCCAGUGAGACAACCGUCCUCGUCGAAUCGUACACUCUCCCUGACGGAAGAGUUAUCAAGGUCGGUCAAGAACGUUUCCAGGCUUCCGAGGCUCUCUUCCAUCCAGGUUUGGUCGACGUCGAAGGUGGUGGUGUUGCCGACUUGCUCUUUGACUGCAUUCAAAAGUCCGAUCGUGAUCUCCACCAAGGAUUCUACCAGCACAUCGUUCUCUCUGGUGGUUCCAGUAUGUAUCCAGGUUUGCCAUCGCGUCUCGAAAAGGAGAUUCGUGCACUCUACCUCGAGAAGGUAUUGAAGGGUGACGUCAACGGUUUGGCCAAAUUCAAGUGCAGAAUCGAAGAUCCACCACGUCGUAAGCACAUGGUAUUCUUGGGUGGUGCCGUAUUGGCUGAACUCACCAAGGAUCGUCCAGAUUUCUGGAUCUCCAAGGCUGAAUACGAAGAGAAGGGUAUUAAAUGUCUUGACAAACUUACUAAAUUAUCUGUUUAA